AUGGGGUACCACACUGCCAGCUUUUGGGUGCUAUGGCUGGCUUUCAGUCUCACAAAUGCCUUAGACGUGUCAACAGGUCGAAUCCGAAAUCACGGUCACUUUGUCUGCAGUACCUGGGGAAACUAUCAUUUCAAAACAUUUGAUGGGGAUUUCUACCAGUUUCCGGGCAGCUGUAGCUAUAACUUGGCCUCACACUGUGGAGAUUCCUAUCAGGAGUUCUCUGUCCAUGUUCACCGGUCCAUGGAUAAUGGUCAUCCCCUAAUAGACAAGAUCACCGUCACCAUCAAAGAUGUCAUCAUUCAACUGAAAAGCAGCAUAGCCUUAGUGAAUGGGGCCAUAGCUAAAACACCUUACUACAGCUUUGGAAUCCUCAUUCAGAAAAAUGAUGCCUAUUUUAAGUUGUUCACAAAGACAGGUUUUACACUCAUGUGGAAUAAAGAAGAUGCUGUCAUGCUGGAGCUAGAUCCAAAGUAUAAUAACCGUACCUGCGGUCUUUGUGGUGAUUACAAUGGGGUCCCUCUUUAUAAUGAAUUUGUCUCUGAGGAUAUCUCACUAAAUCCCAUACAAUUUGGAAAUUUACAAAAUAUUCACGAUCCAAAAGAUGAGUGCACAGACAUCGACGAGACUCAGAAAACAGACACAACACACUGCUCCCAAUACCGCUCUGUGUGUGAACAGCACUUGAGCCAUGACGCAUUCUCAGACUGUGAAAGUCUACUGAACCUGGAAAACUACAUCCAGGCCUGCAUGCUGGAUAUGUGUUCCUGUGAUCACUCCCAAGACUCCUUCUGCCUGUGUAGUACCAUCACAGAGUAUUCCAGACAAUGUUCACAUGCUGGAGGACGCCCAGGAAACUGGAGAACUGAUACCUUCUGUUCUAAGCAAUGUCCCGCAAAUAUGAUUUAUCAAGAAAGUGCCUCCCCUUGCAAGAACACGUGUUCCCACCAAGAGAUACACAGUCUGUGUGAGGAACAUUACAUGGACGGCUGCUUCUGUCCUGAAGGUACCGUACAGGAUGAUUAUACUGAGAGGGGCUGUGUAUCAGUCAGUGAGUGUCACUGCAAGCAUCGAGAGACAUUAUACGCACCUGGACAGACCAUGAAAAAUGACUGCGAUGAAUGCCAAUGUGUUGCUGGAAGAUGGAGUUGCACAGAUCAUGCCUGCCCAGGAGUUUGCUCCAUUGAAGGGGGUGCCCAUUUCACUACGUUUGAUAGCAAGGCCUAUACUUUCCAUGGAAACUGUUACUAUGUGCUGUCUAAGGGCCAUGCAAAUGAUUCACACAUUAUAUUAGGAGAACUGACACCUUGCAGUUCCUCCGAGAGAGAGACUUGUCUGAAAUCUGUUGUACUCCUAACAGACAACAAGAAGAAUGUUGUGGUCUUCAAAGUAGAUGGCACAGUGCUACUCAACCAGCUUGUCAUUACCCUGCCCCAUGUCACAGCCAGUUUUUCAAUCCUGCAGCCGGUUGAAAGUUAUAUAAUUGUUCAAGCAACAUACGGCCUUCAAAUGCAGAUUCAGCUGUUACCCACAAUGCAACUGUACAUCACUAUGGAGAAAUCUGCCAGAAGACGACUGCAAGGUCUUUGUGGAGACUUCAACUCUAAAGAAGGAGAUGACUUUAAAACAUCUGGAGGUCUUGUAGAAGCGACAGCUUCAGCCUUUGCCAACACUUGGAAGGCCCAGGCCAAUUGUCAUGACAUGACUGACUGGUUGGACGAUCCAUGCAGCCUCAGCAUUGAGAACAAAAAUUACGCAGACUACUGGUGCUCUAAGAUGGAAAACGACGAGUCUCCCUUUGCCAAAUGUCAUUCUACAAUAGACCCUACUGAAUAUGCUAAGAGGUGCCGCUAUGAUUCAUGUAACUGUAAGGACAGUGAGCAGUGCAUGUGCGCAGCUCUCUCCUCCUACGUCAGAGCCUGCGCUGCUAAAGGGAUCAUUCUGUGGGGAUGGAAGAAGGGAAUCUGUGACAAGGACAUCAAUUCUUGUCCCUCUACCCAAGUUUAUCUGUAUAACUUAACCACAUGCCAGCCCACUUGCCGAUCCCUGGCAGAGGGAGAGAAGGCUUGUACCAGUGUGUUCAGUCCAGUAGAUGGCUGUGGUUGUUCUGCAGGAGAGUACCUGAAUGAGAAGGAUCAAUGUGUAGACAUAUCCAAAUGUUCCUGUUAUUACCAAGGCACAUAUGUGAAGCCAUUAGAUGUUAUCUACAAACAUGAUGAGCGUUGCUCCUGCCAUAAUGGAAAACUUAUCUGUUCCACCCAUGCCAAUGAAACUUGCCCUGCGGGAAAAGUCUACUUUGACUGUAACAAGGACAAUGCAGGACUUUCAGGAGCCACAGUACACAGGAGCUGCAAGACUCUGGGAGUUGAAUAUUUCCAGACAGAGUGCAUCUCAGGGUGUAUUUGCCCCAAUGGACUUCUAGAUGAUGGAGCCGGAGGUUGUGUCCCUGAAGACAGAUGCCCUUGUGUCCAUAAUGAAGACAUUUAUCCUCAUGGAACUCAAGUUAGAGUGGACUGCAAUACAUGCUUAUGUCAGAGAGGAAGAUGGACAUGUACUAAUGCUGUCUGUUAUGGAACAUGUACGAUCUAUGGGAACGGUCAUUAUAUCACAUUUGAUGAAAAAUUUUAUGACUUUGAUGGAAAUUGUGAAUUUGUUGCUGCUCAGGAUUACUGUGGUCCUAACCAUUCAGCUGGCAACUUUAGCAUCAUUACAGAAAACAUCCCAUGUGGCACCACUGGCGUUACUUGUUCAAAGUCUAUAAAAGUCUUCCUUGGGAGCAUUGUACUGAAGUUAGAAAACAAACACAUAGAGGAAACAGUAGGUGAAGGUGUGAAGCGUGUACAAUACCUAACCCGUGAAGUGGGGAUUUACCUGGUCAUUGAAGCAAGCAAUGGUAUUCUUCUCAUUUGGGAUAGGAAAACCACUAUUUUCAUCAAGGUGUCACCUGCAUAUAAGGGAAAACUAUGUGGUUUAUGUGGGAACUUUGAUGACAACUCACAAAAUGACCUUACAACCAGACAUAUGUUACAAGUCAACAAUGUGCUGGAAUUUGGAAACAGCUGGAAAGCUGAUGCAACCUGUCCUGAUGCAUCAGAUAUUGUCAAUCCUUGUACUCAGAAACCACAUCGCCACUCCUGGGCAGAAAAACAGUGCGGACUAAUCAAAAGCCAAGUAUUUAAAGUCUGCCAUAGUAAGGUUGAUCCAAAACCAUUUUAUGAGGCCUGUGUAAAUGAUGCCUGCUCAUGUGACAGCGGGGGAGACUGUGAAUGCUUCUGUACUGCUGUCGCUGCCUAUGCUCAGGAAUGUACCAAAGCAGAAGCCUGUGUCUACUGGAGGACCCCAGACAUAUGCCCCAUAUUUUGUGACUACUACAAUCCUAAAGAUGAAUGUGAAUGGCACUAUCACCCAUGUGGCAACCACAGCAUUCAGACAUGCCGGUCCAUUAACAACGUCUACACUAAUGUCACCAUUACAUACCUAGAAGGCUGUUAUCCUACUUGUCCGGUGGACAGGCCUAUAUUUGAUGAGGCAAACAAAAUAUGUGUGACUAAGGAGGAAUGUGGCUGUUACAUUAACAAAACUCAUUACGAUAUUGGUGAAAACGUGCCCACUACUGAGAACUGUACCACUUGCACUUGUUCUCCAGAAGCUAAGGUUGAAUGUGGCCUCCCGGUGAAAAUGGACAGCCCGGAACGACUAACCCUCCCCACCGGACUGUCCCUGCAGCAUAGAUGGCCUGGACCAGCUCACCCUUCCUUCCAACUGAGGGGAGCGUGUGUCUGUAUCAUCAAUGGGACAAGAUAUGAACAGGGUGAAAUCAUCUCCAAAGAAGAGCAAUCUGGAGUUUGCAUUGUGAUAACAUGUGAAAAUGGCUCGGCAAUUGUACAGAUUGACAUCUGCUCUACGUCAGUACCCACUACUACAUCAACCACUAGUGUCACUACUACUUCAACUGUAUCCACCACAACAGUCAUCACCACAACUCCUAAAACAAGCCCUCCUUCAACAACUUGUGUUCAUCAAAAGGUGUGCCAAUGGACAGAAUGGUUUGAUGUCAGUAAGCCGGGAGAUGAUCUGGAUAGUGGCGAUUAUGAAACAUAUGAUGAGAUAAGAAAGCAUCAUACACUCUGCAACAUCCCAGAGCAAAUCGAAUGCAGAGCAGUAAAUGCCCCUGAUGUCAGCUUGGAUGAAUUACAACAGGUUGUGCAUUGCAACGUAUCAUAUGGACUCAUUUGUAGGAACAGUGAGCAGAGCUCUGACAACAGCCUUUGGCAAAAGUGUUACAAUUAUGAGAUCAAGGUGGAGUGCUGCAAAGAAGUGGACUGUUGCAUCGAAGAUUGUACUCAUUCCACAACACCACCGACCACCACAACAACUACAGCUCUGCCAACAACCACCCCAUCAACAACUACACCAACAACCACCCCUUCAACAACUACACCAACAACCACCCCUUCAACAACUCCACCAACAACCACCCCUUCAACAACUCCACCAACAACCACCACGUCAACAACUCCACCAACAACCACCCCGUCAACAACAACUCCGCCAACAACCACCCCGUCAACAACAACUCCGCCAACAACCACCCCUUCAACAACUCCACCAACAACCACCCCUUCAACAACUUCACCAACAACCACCCCUUCAACCACUCCACCAACAACCACCACGUCAACAACUCCACCAACAACCACCCCGUCAACAACAACUCCACCAACAACCACCCCGUCAACAACAACUCCAACAACAACCCCAACAACAACUUUCGCAGAUGUUUGUGAUCCUUUGUGCUCAUGGUCACAAUGGUUUGAUGUGAGUUACCCCAGUCUUCAGAAUGGAGGAGAUUUUGAGACCUAUGAGAACAUAGAGAAAGCUGGAUUUGAAUUGUGUGAGAAGCCAAAAAGACCAGAGAACAUCACCUGCAGAGCAGAGAAAUUCCAAAAUAAGCCAAUAAACCAAGUGGGACAGAUGGUGACAUGUGAUGUAUCUGUUGGGCUAAUCUGUAACAACAGAGAUCUUAUAGGGUACAUGCCUGUAUGCUACAACUAUGAGAUCAGUGUACUCUGCUGUCGUCCUUUACCCGACUACUGCAGAAGUACAAUCUCUCCAACAACAUCUCCAACAACCACCUCUGAGACUACGACUUCAACCACUACAACUCCAAGGAUAACAUCUGAGACCACAACUACCUCAGAGACUACAACUCCAACACCCACAACAACCACAUCUAAGACGACAACUACAAGCCCCACUACUACCAGUGUAACGACAACAGCAACACCACCAAUACUCACAACCACAGAGUGUACAACAGAGACUGAGGAAACGACUCCAACUUCCACUCCAACUUCCACAAUUACUGAUUGUGAGAAUCUAUGUACAUGGUCACAAUGGUUUGAUGUGAGUUAUCCCAAAUAUGAGCCCAAUGGAGGAGAUUAUGAGACCUAUGAGAACAUUGAGAAAGCUGGACAUAAAGUGUGUGAGGAGGAGUCAUGGAAGACGGAGAACAUUUCCUGCAGAGCACAAAAAUUCCCGGAUACACCACUAGACCAGCUGGAACAGAUUGUGACCUGCGAUGUCUCUACUGGGCUCAUCUGUAACAACAAAGAUCAGACAGGGUUCAUGCCUGUGUGCUACAACUAUGAGAUCAGUGUGUACUGCUGUCGUCCCAAACCCGAGUUCUGUCCUACAACCUCUCAGACUACUACAUCACCAACCACCACAACUAUAUCGCCAACCACCACUACCGAGACUACAUCACCAACAACCACCAUUACUCAGCCUACAACUACAUCACCAACAACAACCACCAUCACUGAGACUUCAACUACAUCACCAACAACAACCACCAUCACGGAGACUACAACUACAUCACCAACAACAACCACCAUCACUGAGACUACAACUACAUCACCAACAACAACCACCUCUGAGACUACAACUACAUCACCAACAACAACCACCAUCACUGAGACUACAACUACAUCAACAACCUCCACUCUUCCAACUACAACACCAAAUUGUGAUCCUUUAUGCUCUUGGUCGCAAUGGUUUGAUGUGAGUUAUCCCAAAUAUGAGCCCAAUGGAGGAGAUUAUGAGACCUAUGAAAACAUUGGGAAAGCUGGACAUAAAGUGUGUGAGGAGGAGUCAUGGAAGACGGAGAACAUUUCCUGCAGAGCACAGAAAUUCCCUGAUACACCACUAGACCAGCUGGGACAGAUUGUGACAUGCGAUGUCUCCACUGGGCUCAUCUGUAAUAACAAAGAUCAGACAGGGUUCAUGCCUGUGUGCUACAACUAUGAGAUCAGUGUAUACUGCUGUCGUCCUAAACCCGAGUUCUGUCCUACAACCUCUCAGACUACUACAUUACCAACCACCACCAUCACUGAGACUACAACUACAUCACCAACAACAACCACCAUCACUGAGACUACAACUACAUUACCAACUACAACCACCAUCACUGAGCCUACAACUACAUCACCAACAACAACCACCAUCACUGAGACUACAACUACAUUACCAACUACAACCACCAUCACUGAGCCUACAACUACAUCACCAACAACAACCACCAUCACUGAGUCUACAACUACAUCCCCAACAACAACCACCUCUGAGACUACAACUACAUCACCAACAACCACCAUUACUGAGACUACAACUACAUCACCAACACCCACCUCUGAGACUACAACUACAUCACCAACAACAACCACCAUCACUGAGACUACAACUACAUCACCAACAACAACCACCACUGAGCCUACAACUACAUCACCAACAACAACCACCAUCACUGAGUCUACAACUACAUCCCCAACAACAACCACCUCUGAGACUACAACUACAUCACCAACAACCACCAUUACUGAGACUACAACUACAUCACCAACACCCACCUCUGAGACUACAACUACAUCACCAACAACAACCACCAUCACUGAGACUACAACUACAUCACCAACAACAACCACCACUGAGCCUACAACUACAUCAACAACAACAACCACCAUCACUGAGUCUACAACUACAUCACCCACAACAACCACCUCUGAGACUUCAACCACUUCACCAACAACAACCACCAUCACUGAGCCUACAACUACAUCACCAACAACCACCUCCAUCACUGAGACUUCAACUACAUCACCAACAACAACCACCUCUGAGACUACAACUACAUCACCAACAACAACCACCAUUACUGAGUCUACAACUACAUCACCCACAACAACCACCUCUGAGACUACAACUACAUCACCAACCACCAUCACUGAGACUACCACUACAUCACCAACAACCACCACCAUCACUGAGACUUCAACUACAUCACCAACAACCACCACCUCUGAGACUACAACUACAUCACCAACAACAACAACCAUCACUGAGACUACAACUACAUCAACAACCACCUCUGAGACUACAACUACAUCACCAACAACCACCAUCACUGAGACUUCAACUACAUCACCAACCACAACCACCUCUGAGACAACAACUACAUCACCAGCAACAACCACCUCUGAGACUACAACUACAUCACCAACAACAACCACCAUCACUGAGACUACAACUACAUCAACAACCUCCACCCCUCCAACUACAACUCCAAAUUGUGAUCCUUUAUGCUCUUGGUCGCAAUGGUUUGAUGUGAGUUAUCCCAAAUAUGAGCCCAAUGGAGGAGAUUAUGAGACCUAUGAGAACAUUAAAAAUGCUGGAUAUAAAGUGUGUGAGGAGGAGUCAUGGAAGACGGAGAACAUUUCCUGCAGAGCACUAAAAUUUCAUGAUAUACCACUAGACCAGCUGGGACAGAUUGUGAGCUGUGAUGUCUCCACUGGGCUCAUCUGUAACAACAAAGACCAGACAGGGUUCAUGCCUGUGUGCUACAACUAUGAGAUCAGUGUGUAUUGCUGUCGUCCUUUACCUAGUUUCUGCCCUUCUACAAUCUCUCCAACUACUACAUCACUAACCACAACAACUACAUCACCAACCACCACCACCAAGACUACAUCACCAACCACCACCACCGAGACUACAUCACCAACCACCACCACCGAGACUACAUCACCAACAACCACCACUACUCAGCCUACAACUACAUCACCAACAACAACCACCAUCACUGAGACUUCAACUACAUCACCAACAACAACCACCAUCACUGAGACUUCAACUACAUCACCAACAACAACCACCAUCACUGAGACUUCAACUACAUCACCAACAACAACCACCAUCACUGAGACUACAACUACAUCACCAACAACAACCACCAUCACUGAGACUUCAACUACAUCACCAACAACCAUCUCUGAGACUACAACUACAUCACCAACAACCACCUCUGAGACUACAACUACAUCCCCAACAACAACCACUAUCUCUGAGCCUACAACUACAUCACCAACAACAACCCCUAUCUCUGAGCCUACAACUACAUCACCAACAACCACCUCUGAGACUACAACUACAUCACCAACAACAACAACCAUCACUGAAACUACAACUACAUCACCAACAACACCCACCUCUGAGACUACAACUACAUCACCAACAACAACCACCAUCACUGAGACUACAACUACAUCAACAACCUCCACCCUUCCAACUACAACUCCAAAUUGUGAUCCUUUAUGCUCUUGGUCGCAAUGGUUUGAUGUGAGUUAUCCCAAAUAUGAGCCCAAUGGAGGAGAUUAUGAGACCUAUGAGAACAUUAAAAAUGCUGGAUAUAAAGUGUGUGAGGAGGAGUCAUGGAAGACGGAGAACAUUUCCUGCAGAGCACAAAAAUUUCAUGAUAUACCACUAGACCAGCUGGGACAGAUUGUGACCUGUGAUGUCUCCACUGGGCUCAUCUGUAACAACAAAGACCAGACAGGGUUCAUGCCUGUGUGCUACAACUAUGAGAUCAGUGUGUAUUGCUGUCGUCCUUUACCUAGUUUCUGCCCUUCUACAACCUCUCCAACUACUACAUCACUAACCACAACAACUACAUCACCAACCACCACCACCAAGACUACAUCACCAACCACCACCACCGAGACUACAUCACCAACAACCACCACUACUCAGCCUACAACUACAUCACCAACAACAACCACCGUCACUGAGACUUCAACUACAUCACCAACAACAACCACAUCACCAACAACAACCACCAUCACUGAGACUUCAACUACAUCACCAACAACCACCUCUGAGACUACAACUACAUCACCAACAACAACCACUAUCUCUGAGCCUACAACUACAUCACCAACAACAACAACCAUCACUGAGACUACAACUCCAUCAUCAACAACAACCACCUCUGAGACUACAACUACAUCACCAACAACCACCACCUCUGAGACUACAACUACAUCACCAACAACAACCACCAUCACUGAGACUACAACUACAUCACCAACAACCACCAUCACUGAGACUUCAACUAUAUCACCAACAACCACCUCUGAGACUACAACUACAGCGCCAACAACAACCACCAUCACUGAGACUAUAACUACAUCAACAACCUCCACCCUUCCAACUACAACACCUGAUUGUUUUCCUUUGUGCUCAUGGUCACAAUGGUUUGAUGUGAGUUACCCCAGUCUUCAGAAUGGAGGAGAUUUCGAGACCUAUGAGAACAUAGAGAAAGCUGGAUUUGAAUUGUGUGAGGAGCCAAAAAGACCAGAGAACAUCACCUGCAGAGCAAAGAAAUUCCCAAAUAAGCCAAUAAACCAAGUGGGACAGAUGGUGACAUGUGAUGUAUCUGUUGGGCUAAUCUGUAACAACAGAGAUCUUAUAGGGUACAACCCUGUCUGCUACAACUAUGAGAUCAGUGUACUCUGCUGUCGUCCUUUACCCGACUACUGCAGAAGUACAAUCUCUCCAACAACAUCUCCAACAACCACCUCUGAGACUACGACUUCAACCACAACAACUCCAAGGAUAACAUCUGAGACCACAACUACCUCAGAGACUACAACUCCAACACCCACAACUACCACAUCUAAGACGACAACUACAAGCCCCACUACUACCAGUGUAACGACAACAGCAACACCCCCAAUACUCACAACCACAGAGUGUACAACAGAGACUGAGGAAACGACUCCACUUUCUACUACACCUUCCACUCCAACUCCAACUCUGAAUUGUGAUCCUUUAUGCUCUUGGUCGCAAUGGUUUGAUGUGAGUUAUCCCAAAUAUGAGCCCAACGGAGGAGAUUAUGAAACCUAUGAAAACAUUAAAAAGGCUGGCUAUAAAGUGUGUGAAGAGGAGUCAUGGAAGACGGAGAACAUUUCCUGCAGAGCACAAAAAUUUCAUGAUAUACCACUAGACCAGCUGGGACAGAUUGUGACCUGUGAUGUCUCCACUGGGCUCAUCUGUAAUAACAAAGAUCAAACAGGGUUCAUGCCUGUGUGCUACAACUAUGAGAUCAGUGUGUAUUGCUGUCGUCCUUUACAUGAGGACUGCAUAAGUACAGCCUCUACAACCACAACACAAACCACCACUAAAACUACAACUACAUCACCAACCACCACCACUGAACCUACAACUACAUCAUCAACCACCACUGAGACUACAACUACAUUAUCAUCACCAACCACUACUAGUGAGACAACUACAUCACCAACCACCACUACCACUGAGACAACAACUACAUCACCAACCACUACCACUGAGACAACUACAUCGUCAACCACCACCACUACUACUGAGACAACUACAUCACCAACCACUACCACUGAGACUACACCUACAUCACCAUCCACCACUACCACUGAGACAACAACUACAUCACCAACCACUAUCACUGAGACAACUACAUCACCAACCACUAUCACUGAGACAACUACAUCACCAACCACUACCACUGAGACAACUACAUUACCAACAACCACUACCACUGAGACAACUACAUCACCAACAACCACUACCACUGAGACAACUACAUCACCAACAACCACUACCACUGAGACAACUACAUCACCAACAACCACCACCAUCACUGAGACAACAAGUACAUCACCAACCACCACUACCACUGAGACAACAAGUACAUCACCAACCACCACUACCACUGAGACUACAACAACAUCACCAACCACCACUAUCACUGAGACAACUACAUCACCAACCACUACCACUGAGACAACUACAUUACCAACAACCACUACCACUGAGACAACUACAUUACCAACAACCACUACCACUGAGACAACUACAUCACCAACAACCACUACCUCUGAGACAACAAGUACAUCACCAACCACCACUACCACUGAGACAACUACAUCACCAACAACCACUUCCACUGAGACAACUACAUCACCAACAACCACUUCCACUGAGACAACUACAUCACCAACCCCCACUACCACUGAGAUUAUAACUACAUCACCAACCACCACUACCACUGAGACAACUACAUCACCAACCACCACUACCACUGAGACUACAACUACAUCACCAAUAACCACUACCACUGAGACUGCAACUACAUCACCAACCACCACUACCACUGAGACAACUACAUCACCAACCACCACUACUACUGAGACUACAACUAUAUCACCAACAACCACUACCACUGAGACUACAGCUACAUCACCAACCACUACCACUGAGAUAACUACAUUACCAACCACUACUACCACUGAGACAACUACAUCACCAACCACCACCACUACCACUGAGAUAACUACAUUACCAACCACUACUACCACUGAGACAACUACAUCACCAACCACCACCACUGCCACUGAGACAACUACAUCACCAACCACCACCACUGAGACUAUAGCUACAUCACCAACAACAAUCUCUGAGACUACAACUGCAUCUGUAUCCAAGCCAACUACCACUCUUCCAACAACAUCAUUUAAAGUGACCAUCAACAGCUGGACAACUUCAAGUCCAACCAUCAAAUCUGAACCUGUUGGUAAGUCAACUACUCCAGGAACGCCUUCAACCAACAAGACAUCUCCUGCUAGCACUAUCACUUCACCAACUACCCCCACUUCCACAACUACCACCAUCACCAACACACCAACAACCACUACAAGUGAAACUACAACAAUAUACACACCCACUGAAUCUACAACAGCAGAAACUACUACUUCUACCACCACUACCAUACCAACAACUACUACUGAAACAACCAUCACAUCUACCACAAGAUGUGUCUGUUUGCACAAUGGAAAACCAUAUCCACCAGGUCUAAUAAUAACUGGAGUAGCAAAUGAGACUUGGUGCUAUAAAGUCUUUUGCAGUGAUGAAUGCCACGUGCAGAUUCAUCACUGGUCUUGCACAACCACCACUUCAAGUCCAACAACAACAGAAACACCAACUCCAACUGUGGAAAGCACUACAACAACAAGAGAGACAACCACUUCUCCCACCACGACAAGUCCAACUACAACAACACAAACACCAACUCCAACAACAAGAGAGACAACCACUACUCCCACCAGUACAGGUCCAACAACAACAGAAACACCAACUCCAACUGUGGAAAGCACUACAACAACAAGAGAGACAACCACUUCUCCCACCACGACAAGUCCAACUACAACAACACAAACACCAACUCCAACUGUGGAAAGCACUACAACAACAAGAGAGACAACCACUACUCCCACCACUACAGGUCCAACAACAACAGAAACACCAACUCCAACUGUAGAAAGCAGUACAACAACAAGAGAGACAACUAGCCCAACAUCUACUCCUAGCACUACUACUACACAGUCAACAACAAAGUCCACAACUAAGUCUACAACAACAAAGUCCACAACUACAACUACAACCAUGUCAACAACUAAAAAACCUGGUUGUCCAUUUGAUCCAUAUCGUGAGCAUAAUGAAACCUGGAUUUUGUGCAACUGCACCAUGGCUAGGUGCCUAGAAAACAACACGGUAGAGAUCGUUGAACUGAAGUGUGAACCACCACCUGAGAUCACAUGUACUAAUGGACAAAAACCCAUUCGUGUACUAAAUGAUGACCUUUGCUGCUGGCACUGGGAGUGUGAUUGUGUGUGCUCUGGCUGGGGAGAUCCCCAUUAUCUCACAUUUGAUGGGACCUAUUAUAGUUUUCAAGGCAAUUGUACCUAUACCCUAGUGGAGGAAAUUGACAAGAAAAUUGACAACUUUGGAAUUUACAUUGACAAUUAUGAUUGUGGAGCACAAGACCGAGUCUCCUGCCCUCGUGAUAUCAUUGUCCGGCAUGAAACUCAGAUUAUACGCAUUAAAGCAAGAAGCUUGACACCAAUAAGUUUAGAGGUUGUCAUAAAUGAUGAAAUUGUAGGAACACCAUAUAAGAAAUAUGGGGUAAAGGUGUAUAGAUCUGGCAUCAAUUAUGUUGUGGAGAUACCAGAGUUGGAGGCUAAUAUCACAUACAAUGGUAUGGCUUUCUCAGUUAAAUUGCCGUAUAGACUUUUUGGACAUAACGUACAAGGACAAUGCGGUACUUGCACCAACAACAAAGCUGAUGACUGCCGGCUGCCUAAUGGUACCACCAUAUCAAACUGUGAAAUCAUGGCUAAUGCCUGGAUCGUGCCGGAUCCAAGGAAACCUCAAUGUGGUCACUUAAGGCCAACGGUUCCCCCCAAAGUCACAGUGCCUGCAACUCCGUGCAAACCUUCUCCUUUAUGUGACCUCAUUUUAGAAGCACCUUUUAAGAAAUGCCACAGUAUUUUGCCACCCGAAGACUUUUACCGUGCCUGCACUUAUGAUAGUUGUCAUGUUCCAAACUCCAACAUUGAAUGCACCAGCUUACAGCAAUAUGCUCUGCUCUGUGGGGAUCUGGGUGUUUGUGUUGAAUGGAGAUCCCAAGUCCCAGAAUGUCCUAUUACUUGUCCAUCACACAAAGUCUACAAUGCCUGUGGACCAGUUCUAUCAAUAACAUGUGAAACUACUCCAGAGGAAGAAACUGACAUUGCGAAAAAUAAACGUUUGGUUGAGGGAUGCUUCUGUCCACAGGGUACAAUGCCCUAUAGCCCAGCGGUAGAUGUCUGUGUGCAGACUUGUGGAUGUGUUGGACCUGACAAUGUACCAAGACAAUUCGGGGAAAUGUUCGAGUUCGACUGCCAGGACUGUGUUUGCCGAGAGGGUGGUAGUGGAAUUACUUGUCAAAAGCAUGAAUGUAUGGCAAUGAAACAAGUGACAUGUAACCUGGAAGGUUUCUAUCCAGUCAUCCAGACCAACCCUAGUGAUAGUUGCUGUAAUGAGACUGUGUGCAAGUGUGACACAAAAUUAUGCUCAACAAAAUCGCCCAACUGUCCACUUGGUUACGAAAUGAUCGGGAGCAUUCCAGAGGGACACUGCUGUCCUGUGUAUACAUGCGUUCGUAAGAAUGUUUGUGUCCAUGGAAACGCAGAAUAUAUGCCUGGCGCACCAGUGUUUUCUGACAAUUGUCAGAGCUGCGUAUGUACCCAAAAGGACAACAGCUCAACAGAACUGGAGAUAAAAUGUACACAUGUGCAAUGUAAUGUACAGUGCCCAAUGGGCUUCCAGCUGAAACAGAGAACGAAAGACUGCUGCGGAGUAUGUGAACAGACCCACUGUGUUCUGAACCAAGGUGGUAUUUACAAACUCAUGGAGCCUGAAGAAACUAUACACGACAACUGUACCAUAUACACCUGCACUGUGUUACGGAAGCAAUUCAUCACAUCCAUCUCAUACAUCUCCUGUCCUCUCUUUGAUGAGAGUAAAUGUGAAAAAGGAACUAUUCAACUCUUACCUAAUGGAUGCUGUAAAAUAUGUAUUGAAAAGACUUCUUCCUGUCAGCCAGUACUGAACUACGACUACAUCUUUUACAAUAACUGCCGAUCGGAAAAUAAGGUGGAGACGUAUCGUUGUGAUGGGACGUGUGAAACUUAUUCUAUGUACUCUGCAGAAGCCAGAUCCAUGUCACAUCAAUGUACCUGCUGCCAGGAGGUGCAGACCAGCCAGAAGCGUAUCAAGCUGCAAUGUUCUGGUGGCAUUGAAGUGGACCAUGACUAUAUUGAUGCAGAUAGAUGUAACUGUGUAAAAACAGACUGUGGACAUCGGAUAGCAGAUGAAAAUCAGACCCCUGUCCGUGCUAGGCGCUCCGUAAAAAGGCAAACACGUAGUUUGCGUUAGAAAAUUGCCAUGAAGACUGCCAUUAAAAAGUGAAUUUAUUGUCACAUAACUAUUAUGUUGUUUUUUUUAUUUUGCAUGCUAAAUGUGUCUUCCUGUCUUGAAAUAAAAG